AUGGAACUUAUUAAGCCCUUGAAACCGUACUUUAAGAUCUCAAUGAUGUUUGUUAUUAAUACACUAGCUACAUACGGUAUAAACGAAGUGUGUACUCAUCUUGGAUGUGUUGUGCCAUGGAACAAAGCUGAGAACAAGUUUCUACGUUCUUGCCAUGGAUCUCAAUACAAUGCUCAAGGCAGAGUCGUUAGAGGUCCAGCACCAUUGUCGCUUGCCGUGGCACAUGGUGAUAUCGAUGAUGGUGGAAAGGUUGUGCUUGUUCCAUGGGUUGAAACUGACUUCAAGACUGUAUUUUGGUCUAACUAA